GUGUGUGUGUGUGUGUGUGUGUGUGUGUGUGUGUGUGUGUGUGUGUGUGAGUGUGUGAAGGGAUUUUUCCACAUGAUGAAAAGGACGUCCUUAAUACAGCAGCAUAAUGCAGAGAGACUUCAGAUCAGCAGUGGCAGGAAGAGGGAAACACCAGAUGACAAUACAACUAGCUGUUACAUGACCUGCAGGUCUCAAUGGACUGGGCCCUACUUGUAGUUUUGCAAAUCAUGCUUCAGCCAUCUCUCUCAGUGCUGUUCACUGUUGAGGCAGAGCAAACCACAUACGUCUCAAAGUUUGGAGGAGAUGUUGUGAUGGGCUGCAGGUUUCAGCCUAAACUAUCAAAUUCUCAUGCUGACCUGAAGGUGACCUGGCACUCGAUGACCCCCAUUUUUGUUCGGGAUGUGUAUCGUAUGGAUAACUGGAAGGAGAACUUGGCGUCCCAGGAUUCAGACUAUCGGGGCAGAGUAAGGCUUCUCACUGAGGAGCUACAGAAAGGCUGGGCCAAGUUACAGGUCUCCGGGCUCAGGAUCAAUGACUCUGGGACCUACCAGUGUUUGGUGCAGACAGAAGACGGAGCUGAUUAUAAAAAGAUAACUUUGUCCGUUGUAGCACCGUAUGAAAAUGUGACUAAACACAUUCGGAAGGCUGCAGAAGGGGAUGAUGUGCUGCUAACCUGCCAGUCAAAGGGAUACCCCAGGUCUUCUGUUAUGUGGCAGGAUGGACACCAGCGGAAACUCAGUUCAAAUACCACAGCGAUCUUAACACCAGACCAGCUUUUUAAAGUCACCAGCGAGAUACGUGUCAGCUCAUCAGACAAAAACAACUACACGUGCAUCUUUGCAAAUGAUGUCUACUCUGCAACAUUUCAUAUUCCAGAUGAAAUACCUGUUCCUCAUGUAAAAAACGAUGCUCUCAUCAUCGUAUUGAGCAUAGGAGUGAUAAUGGUUGUCAUUAUCGUUGUUAUGCUGAUGUACCGACAACAAAAAGGUUCGAGGACUAAAAGUACCAGGAAACUUUUAGUCAACAGUCAAAGGUCUGUUCCUGCUGCUGCCUCAGGUCGACAAAUAAAUAAAGACAACGAGGAAGUGAUAACUAUUUUAAAUGAAGGUAGCAUGGAGGAACAUCUGGGGGCGUUUCUGAAAGCCUAUUAUUCCGAUACCUCCCUCAGCACAGAGGUGAGACGCCACUGUGACGCUUUCUGUGUGGAGGAGCUGCCUUACAAGCUCCAAAACAAUAAGGACCAGCCUGUGAAUCUUCAAGCUUUACUCCCAGAAGCUGGAGAGACUCUUUUUCUUGAGGGACCUUCAGGAAGCGGGAAGACAACCGUAGCCCACAUCCUGGUCUCUUCUUGGACUAAGAUGCACACACAUGCCCUCUCUAACCUCCUCGAUCUCAGCACUCUUAGACUUUUCUUAUAUGUUGACUGCAGCAAAGUGAAGGGUGACUUGUUUCAGGAAAUACUGAUUCAGCUUUCUCUCACGGAACAGAUAUCAGGGGAUGAGCUGAGAGCUAUUUUAACCAGGUCCAGUGAGGCACUGCUGUUGUUGGAUGGGUACAGAGAAGGGAAGGACUUUUUUGAUAAGUCCUUGAGGAAGUUUCUACUGGAAAAAAGAGGGUGCAGGGUGCUGCUCAUGGCCUGCCCCGGACACUGCCCCACACUCAAAGACACAGUUGGAACAGAAGGGGUGCUGCACCUCCAAACACAAAGUAUGACAUAAUGAGAACAUUUUUGACCAACAAAGACAGACAUUAAAACUUAUGUUUUUACACAGACUGUGAGGUUGGAUUUUAUUAUAAACCCAAAUAUGCUGCAAGUUGUUGAAAUUAAAGUGCUCAUAUUAUGCUUUUUGGCUUUUCCCAUUCCUUUAUUGUGUUAUAUGUCUUUUUUGCAUGUUAUAGGUUUACAAAGUGAAAAGCACAAAGUCCACCUCAAAGGGACUUACCAUCUUCAACAGAAAACACUGUUCACAGAUUGCUCCAAACAGAUCAAUUGUAGUCCAGCCUUUACUUGUGUGACAAACGUGCGUUACUUUGUAACACACGUUUUAAUGCUCGCAAAUGUGUUACCAUGGCAAACCUCAAACUGUUUCUGACUGGCCACCAGUGUUUACGUACUGAGCAUGUGCAACUCCCAACAAAGAUGGAACAGAAGUGUGAUGCUUCACUCUGUAGCUAAAACGGAGAGCUCGGCACACAGGGUAAGAAGAGGAGCUGCAGCAAUGUGCAGUGCAACAAAAAUAUGGUGUUUUUCAAAAUGAAGGCUAUAAACCUAUUCUGGUAGAACCUCUAAAUACAAUUAUGAACCUCAAGAGGAGCAAAAUAUGAGCAUUUUAUAUGUAAGACAUGCAAAUAAAUUCCACUUUUAUAUCCAUUACAUGACAGCCCUGAUUAUCAUUUUGAGUAAAAUUAUAACAUGUAAUAAUUC